AUGCGUAUAAAUAGGCUGUUUGAUUUAGAUAGAGCGUUCAAUUUGCUCUUAGUUCUUCAACGAGAAAGAAGAAUAUUAGUACAAGCACCAUGUACAAGGUCUUGGCUGUCUGUUUGUGCCUUUUGGCCAUCGCCAACGUUGGCGUCUUGGGUGGUUUGCUUGCUGCAGCACCAGCGGCUAUCAUCGCGAAACCUGCUCUUAUUGCUGCCUCUCCCAUUGUUAAGACUCCCGCUUUAGCCAUUCGACCUGCCCUCUCACAUGCAGCUCCAGCUGCCAUUACAUUAGCCGUUCCGGCCGCACAUGCAGCUCCAGCUGCCAUCACAUUGACCGCUCCGGCUGCACAUGCUGCUCCUUGGGCCGCUGCUCCUUGGGCCGCUGGUCCUUGGGGCUCUGGUCUUAAAUUAGGCUAAAUCUUAUUUUGAAAUAUGGAACUACUUAGUAAAUACAAAGUAACAGUAACGUAACAUUAAUGUUAUAAUUUUCCACUCAACAAUGUAACUGCUACGUACAAGGCAUGUUACAUCGCAUUAAUGUUACGUUACCGUUUGUGUUUACUGUAAUCUCUAACAUUGAUUCACAAUCGGUUGAUACAUCCCUUGAAACUGACGUUCACUAAAUUCUCCCCUACUCCGAAAUAAUGUUUUCCUUGUACUCAAAAACUUUUGUAAAUUAUUGAAAUUUUCCUAUAAAAAGUUAAUAAAAUUCUCUUACCCGAAAUA